GUCCACUCAGUAUCUGUAGAGCAUACUGGGUUGUGUGACAUGGAUCUGGAUUACAACCAGGAUCAUGAAUUGGUGGAAUGGUGGGCCGGUGGCGGGUCAUUAUCGUCCAGCGCCGAUCUGUCUUAUAUAUUCCUAAUGAGUAAUGGCUAAUUCCUCCCAUCCGUUAAUGGGUCCUCCAAGCUACCCACCUCUCUCCUCUUCAUUACUUCAUCUCCACAUCUUAUCAUUCGCUAGCUUUGCUUCAUUUAGACGAAUAGAGAGUGAUAGAGACUUAACACUGCGAGCUAUGAAGACAACGGUACUGAACUGAACAUUCCGGUUUUAUUGAAUCCGAGUUACAGUUCAUUCUCUCAAUCGUUCAAGCGGAAUGAUGGAAAGAGAUUUCUCUUCAGACGAUGACGACGAUCGCCAUAACCUAAUUGACCAGAACGAAAGGAAUAACCAUCGUGUCCCCAUAAUCGACACAACCACUGCAUCUACUACCUCUCCACGAUCCACAUUCCACGUUGACGAUGAGGAUUUAGAGUCUCGUCGUGUUGCCGGCAAUGGCCGUAUCAAAUUCAAUAAUUUGUUCAACUUCAACUUCCAUAAGAGGUAUCUAUUUGCCAUAUUUCUUCCUCUCUUCAUUGUCCUCGUCUAUUUUUCUGCCAACAUUCGCGACCUCUUCUCUGUAAAUCAUUCGUCUAUGAAGCUCGAUUCGCUCUCUCUCCAUAUGCGAGAAGCCGAAUUGCAGGCCUUGUAUUUACUCAGACAGCAGCAAUUGGAGCUUUUAACUCUCUACAACCGGACAUUUAUUAAUUCUUCUAUUUCUAAUGUGAAUAACUCCGGUCUUUCUAGUUCUUCUUUAUUUGAAGAUGUUCAAUCUGUUUUGCUUAAGCAGCUUUCUCGAAAUAAAGAGAUUCAGCAGUCUCUGUUGUCGCCGCAUAAGUCGGGGAAUGUGUCGGCAGAGUCGGAGAAUGGUGGGUUGUUACCUUUUGGUGUUGAGUACGGUUUUGAUAGGUGUAGGAAGGUGGAUCAGAAAUCUUCUGAGAGGAAAACAAUUGAAUGGAAACCCAGAUCGAACAAAUUCUUGUUUGCAAUAUGCUUGUCUGGCCAGAUGAGUAAUCAUCUGAUUUGCUUGGAGAAGCAUAUGUUUUUUGCUGCUUUGUUGAACCGAGUUUUAGUUAUCCCCAGCUCCAAAUUUGAUUAUCAGUAUAGUAGGGUGUUGGAUAUUGAGCACAUAAAUGAGUGUCUGGGGAGAAAGCUUGUUAUUUCCUUUGAUGAAUUUGCGGAGAUCAAGAAAGAUCACAUGCACAUUGAUAAGUUCAUUUGUUACUUCUCAUUGCCUGAGCUUUGUUAUGUGGAUGAAGAGCAUCUCAAAAAGUUAAAGGGGUUGGGGAUUUCUAUGGGGGAUAAGCUAGAGUCCCCUUGGGUUGAGGAUAUUAAGAAGCCAAGUAAACGGACGGUUCAAGAUGUUCAGGCCAAGUUUUCAUCUGAUGCUGAUGUUAUCGCGGUAGGAGAUGUAUUUUUUGCGGAUGUGGAGAAAGAGUGGGUAAUGCAGCCUGGUGGUCCGAUUGCCCAUAAAUGCAAGACUUUGAUUGAACCUAGUCGCCUUAUUUUGACAACUGCACAACGUUUUAUACAAACGUUCUUGGGAAAGAACUACAUAGCUCUUCAUUUCCGGCGGCAUGGAUUUUUGAAAUUCUGCAACCUCAAGAAUCGAAGCUGCUUUUACCCAAUUCCCCAGGCUGCCGAUUGCAUCACAAAGGUGGUUGAAAGGGUCAAUGCCCCUGUUAUAUAUCUCUCUACAGAUGCAGCAGAAAGUGAAACUGGCUUGUUGCAAUCGUUAGUUGUGCUUAACGGGAAGACUGUUCCACUCGUUAAACGGCCAGCUCGUAAUUCAGCUGAAAAAUGGGAUGCUUUGUUAUACAGACAUGGAAUUGAGGGAGAUUCUCAGGUGGAAGCCAUGCUGGACAAGACAAUCUGUGCUAUGUCUAGUGUGUUCAUUGGAACCUCUGGAUCCACUUUCACAGAUGACAUUUUGCGGCUCCGCAAGGACUGGGGAUCAGCGUCUGUUUGUGAUGAGUAUCUCUGCCAAGGUGAAGAGCCAAACUUCAUAGCAGAAAAUGAAUGAAGACAACAGGUUGUCACAUUAUGUUACUUAAGCUGCUUUCUCUGCACUUGGUAGGAGUUUGCAGGGACGGAUAGACAUUUGCUCUGUACCAAAAUUUAGUGUCACCAUGAUAGUGUAUAUUAGCAUUUGCAGUUUUGCAUACGAGUUUUGUGAAGCCAUGUCCUGGUUGAGAAUGAUUGCCAAGAUGGCUUUUAGGAUAGGUGCUUGGAGUUGGAGGUGGUGGUUAAAGUUCUCAUUUCAGCAGGGGACUAUUUGUUAGCUACUUCAAAUUCAAUUUAUAAAUUCAUUUUGCAAUAUGUUUGUUUUUUUACUCC